CCCACAACAACCCAGUAUGGUUGGAAUUCACCAAGACAGUUAUGAAUGUGUAACCACCUUCACCCCGCUCCCUCAUCCCUACUUACUGGACAACAGCCAUUGUGAUUGAUGCAGUUCUUUAACCAGUUUUUAAACAGAGAUUGGAUGACCAUAACAUCUAGGGUUGCCUUACAUUACCCUUGUGGUCCUUUCCAAUGUUAUGACUCUAUGAUCAUGUACUGAUGGUAACAGCCCCUGAAAUUAAACCAGACAAUGAAAUGAUAGAAGAUGAGGCCAGGGUGAUGGACCUGAAUGAACUCAGAUGGAUCUAGAUGAACCCAGCAGAACAGCAGAAGGUCUAAGGCAGCAUCUGAGAGAACAGCAAUGCUUUUCCCGUCUGCUCAUCGAGUGAAGAGAUCCUCAGCAGCGCUUCUCAAUCCAGUCCUUCAGAAGUCUCAGGAUGAUGUGGACCUUCUGUUUGAGUUUCUUCUAGGUGAGCUGGAAAUCAGUGAUGACCUGAAGAUAUCUGUCAGAGAUGAGGAACUUGCUUCCAUGAGGAAGGCAAUGGCAUUUGAUACUUUGUGUAAUGAUGUCAUCCCCAAAAGUAUCCCAGACAUUCGCAGGCUCAGUGCCAGGCUAUCAGGCUACCCUGGCAUGCUCAAGAAGGAAGAUUUUGAAAGGACCGUGUUGACCAUGGUCUACACUGCAUACAGAGCAGCUAAAUCCCAAGGACACCAGAAAGACACAUGGGCUGAAUCCUUUGUGCACCUUUACAAAGCCCUGAAACAUGACUUGAUGUUCUCAUCCAGCCAAACACCAUCAUCUCAAAGAACUUUGUAGACCAGAACCUCCGUUUGAUAGGAAAUGCAUCUGCCUCUUUGCUUGGCAUUAAAAGCAAGAAGUUAAGGAUUGCAGACAUGGAAAGAUUCGUUAUUCUUGAGCUCCUCCUAGAGGGUACCUGAGGUAAAAUCAUCUCUGUGCAAAGGACUUGGUUCUACUGAUUUCUAUUACAGAUGUCGACAAAUUUCUCAUUAUCUGAUUUUUUUUCCUGGAUUUGGGCACAUCCAAUUACCUGGUCCUGUUUCUAAACAAAAAGCAUGUCCAUUGUUCUGGGUUUUUUUUCUUUAGCUAAUUUCUAAUUUUUGUACAGAGCACAUUUCAUUUGGUCUUUGCCAUGGCAGAGAGAGAAACAAGUUCUUGAAGUAGCUGUUCAGAUUUAUGUAGAAAGAAACUUUGUUUUCAUGGCAUAAUUUUGCAGCUAAUCUUAAGUCUUGGAUAUGUGCCUUCACACAUACCCUAAUGUCGCAGAAUACAAUAAUCCUCUGUUUCAACGCUGGGACCCACAAGAUAAAUUCCACCUUCCUAAGGCCAGCCAAGAUAUUUCACUACCUGAGACAAAAGACAAUCUCCCCCCCCUCUCUCUCUCAUUUUCAGCGGCUUGACAGUAUUUUUGGACUUCAGCCACAGAGCCUGAUGGCUCCCUUCACACACCAGAUAACUACUUCCAGGGUGGCACCGUGACUGAAGUGCCGCCGCUACUGAAAAAGUGGACAAAGGCAGGCUAUCUGUCUUUCCAUAAGGAAAGAUGGGUUGAGCCACCAAAAAAAGGCUUCCCCCGUGUGAUCAGGAAGGGGGGAAGCAGCAACAGAACGGCGCAUGGGGCAACCGGUCCCCACACCCCCUGCGUGACCACAGCUAGUAUGCAGCAAUCCACUAAAUCUUCGGUGGCAUGUUUGACAAGGUCCUAUGUAGCAAUCACAGAUAUGUUCUCCUAGGCCCUUCCACACUAUCCUAUAUCUCAGAACCUCAUCACAGAUAUCUGUUUAUCCCAGAUUAUGUGGCAGUGGAGACUCAUAUAGUCCAUUUUAAAGUAGAUAAUCUGGGAUCUGAUCCUUGGAUAUAGGGCAAUAUGGAAGGGCCCCUAGAUCCCACUGUUCUCCCACAGUUUGCCUUAAGGAUAAAGCCAUUCCUUUCCUUCCCUUACAGAGCAACAGUGAUGGGAGUAACAAGGAGCAGAUAUGUGACAAAAGGGGAAGGAGAAGACUUGUCCCAUCCUUCCCUCCUUAACUCUCUCUCCUUCCUUCCUUCCCUCCUUCUUUCCUCCCUCGCUCCCUUCCUCUGAAAUGUUGGGUAGCCAAACACCAGGACAAAAAUCCAGUAAGAAUGUAGUAAUUCUCUCGAAGGCCACAGUAAUUGUUUUGGGAAAUCCUGGUGCUUCAGGGACGUUUUAUGGUUAAGCCACACUUAAUCGAUCCCCCUCCCCUCCCUCUCUCUCUCGUCCAAUAUAAUUUGUCUAUACUCCAGAGUUGUUUAUCCUGAUGAAUAAAUUACUCAUACUUGAACAAUGGACACUUCCUUACUCUCUGAAAAUUGUGGAAAUGUGUGUAAAACAGAAUGGCUGUUUUGUACAAAUGCCGCAAGGAUCCAAAGAGACCUUGUUUGUAUGACCACAGUCUUGAGCCAUGGUUACAUGACUGAAAUAUAGCCGACUCAUAUUACAACUGAUGUGAGGAGUCCACAUGAUAUUUCCCUGCAUACAGCGGGGAGAAGGCAUUUGUUUCCUACAGAUUCUUUGGAAGCUGUUUAUUUCUCUGUCCUAAAACAAUAGCACACUCACAAACUGAAAAGGCCCGAGCAGAGUCGCUAUCCUGAUAUGGCUCUGAGUUUAGAAUUGGCUCUGUGUGGGCUUAAGACAUCUGCUUAGAAAAGUCACUGGUCGAUAUGUCAUUAUUACAUGGUUCCUGACCUUUUCGGCCUUAUGACUGAGCAGUUCCCCACAGAGUGCAUCACUGUCCUGCUGAAUUUCCUGGGGGAUAGAUAGGUUAGUUGGGGUCACAUCAGGUCAGCCAAUUGGCAAGGCAACUGAUUUUGUUUGUCUGUUGAGCUAAAGAGGAACCUGAUAACUUAGUUGUGGGCCCAGAGUCAAGUUGGGAGUCAAUUUAUAGAGUAUGAUCCCUGCACCUACAUGGGAUACUUUCCAGGACCCCCAUGGAUACCUGAAACCAUGGACAAUAGUGAAUCACUUUGGAGGACUUAAAGAAGCUCACAAAUACAUCUGACUGAGGAGGGGAGAUAUUUUAAUGGAGUAUGGUUAAGUGAAAUCAUGGAUAUUGAAGCAGUGAAUAAGAGAGUCGUACUGUACUUUACUCAGAAUGAAGAGACUACAUGAACUCAGGGUUGGCAAGCAAGGGUAUCUUCGCUUUGCAUAAUUAUAUAAUUUAAUACUACAUUUUAUGCCAUGGUGCCAUCCUACAGAAUCCUGGAAUUUGUACUUUGAUGAGGUACUUAGAAUUUUCUUCUCAAGAGCUCUAAUGCAUUCCCUAAAUGGCAGUACAAAAACACUCUAGCACAUAAUUCUAAAACCCUCAUGAUAGUUCAAGUUUCAGAGUGCUAUUACUUAUGCAGUAUGGGUACACCGUUGGUGCCCUCCAGCUAUUUUUCAAUCCAUCUUUGAAUGCUACUUAGAAAAAUAAUAAAUACAGUGAUUUGAAGUCAUCCAUAUUUAGGUAGAGGUUGGACAAUGACUGAAGUAAUGGAUGGACAUCAUCUACCCACUGCUUACUUCUGCAUGUCUUCAGUAGGCAUUAAUUUAAUUUAUAUACAGGUUGAAUAUCCUUAUUCAAAAUGCUUGGGAACAGAAGUGUUUUGGAUUCUGGAAUUUAGGGGGAUUUUGGAAUACCCACAUUUGCCUAUACAUAGAUAAUGAGAUAUCUUGGAGAUGGGACUCAAGUCUAAACACAAAAUUCAUGCAUUUCAUAUACGCCUCAUGUACAUAGCCUAAAGGUAAUCUCAUACAAUGUCUUUUAAUAUUUUUUCCUGAAACAAAGUUGGUUAUAUUGAACCACAGGAAAGCAAAAGUGUUACUACACAAGCUAGUCACAAGGCCAAUUUCUGAUUUUUUAAUAAUAUUUUAGAAUUUGGAAUUUGAGAUAAGGGAUGAUCAACCUAUAAAGAUGCCAUUAUAUUUUGUUUCCAUACUCCACUUGAGACAAGCGCAAAAAGGCACAGAUGAAAAAUUGUUCUUCAUGGCUUUGAAGUCAUUUCUGACAUAUGUCAACCUUAAAGCAACCUUAUCACAGGGGUUUCAUGGCAGAAUUUGUUCAGAUUUGGGGUUGCUAUUGCCUUCAUCUGAAGCUGAGGGAGUGUGACAUGUCAAAGAUCUUCCACUGGGUUUCCAUGAGUAAGCAGGGAUUUGAACCCAGAUGUCCCAAAGUCCUAGUCCAGCAGUCAAACCACCACAGCACAAUGACUAACCAGAUGAAAAUGCAGGGAGUCAUCAUACUGAAGAACAAUUAAGCACAUUAACAUUAUAAAAACAAUUGAAUUUAAAAGCCAUUUAAAAGUGCAUCAGUACAAAAAGUACAGCACUCUGGCAUGAUCCUAUUUCACCUUGAAAGUAAUUUUCUAAGAAAUAAUAAUGUAAGUCUGUUUUAAAAGGAAACAUAAAAAGGGCAGAAAGAAAGGGAGAGUUUUAUGUCACCUUUAAUGUUAGCCAUCUAUAUUAACAUUUGAACUUGCACAUAUUUAUCUCUUCAAAAAGGUCAAACAGAAAGUACAGUCCUCAUAAUGCUCACUUUCUUUAAAUUCAAUAGUUUCAGCCUUUGACCUUCCAGGUAUUUUGAAUGUCAUCUUCCAGAAAGCUUAAAGUACCUUUAAUUUCAAGCUCUGAAAUUUCCAUUAGCCCCAAUCACUCGAAUCAAGACUGGGUUAGUUCCCUAGGGGAUGGUCUUCUUCCUCAAGAUGUUCUCUAAUAGAAAGGCUGUCUAGUUCAAAUACAAUUUAAAGUUUCAAAACAUGCCAAAAGUAAGACUUUGAAUUUGCUCAUCUCCACAGUUAGCCCGUGGUCACCUGCUAGCCAGUUUCCAUUGCUGCUUAAUUGUAUUGUAGUAUACAAACUUUCUAUAUGUACAUCUCUACGCAUUAAUAAACAUAUGGAUGUGAAAUGCUAAGCAACAA